AUGGACUUGGAUCUCCCCGUGCUCAAUGCCUCGGGCUCUGUCCUCUUCUUCAAUCGUCUAUCCUACAAGGCUGCCAAUGGGAAUGUUCUAGUCGACGCUGUCUCCGUGCAUAUCAACGCGGGCCAGAUGCUGGCAGUUAUGGGUCCUUCAGGCGCCGGGAAGAGCACCCUCUUGGACCUCAUGUCGUUUCGGAAGAUGCCAAUGGACGGCGCGACGGUUUCACUCAACGACCAGCUAUUGAAUCCUAGCGCGAUGUAUGCCAUCUCGUCCUUUGUUGAACAGGAAGAUGCACUGCUAGGCGUACUCACCGUCCGCGAGACAGUGGCAUAUGCUCUGCGACUUCACCUACCAAUGCUGUCGCGUACGACGGUAGCGAGUAGAGUCGACCGCGUCCUCGCCGCGCUCGGUUUGCAGUCUUGCGCAGAUCAGAUAAUUGGAACGCCCAUUUCGAGGGGUAUAUCAGGCGGCCAGAAACGCCGCGUCACUGCUGCCUGCGCAAUGGUCACAUUUCCACGGAUCUUGUUUCUUGAUGAAGUGACCUCCGGUCUCGACAGCACCUCUGCCCGUGAGGUGAUGUCGGCAAUACGGCGCUUGGCUGUCGCCGAAGGCAUGUUUGUAAUUGCGACGAUACACCAACCAUCUUUGGAGACACUAGGGCAGUUCACGGAUCUCCUAUUGCUUGCCCAGGGAAAAAUAUGUUAUUCUGGGAAGGUAGAUGAUCUAGUCAUGUUCUUUGAACGGUGGGGAAGGCCUGUUCCGCCAUUCAAAACCCCUGCAGAGCACGCGAUGAACUUUUUGAAUGAAGAUUUCCAGGCAGAUCCCCAGAAUGGGAGUGGGAAUGCUGCGUCGUUGAGGGUAUUCUACCUCUCAACCCUGAACGACUCGCACACCUCGCUCGAGAACUUGAAUCUGAAUCUGAAAUCUAUUCCCCAAUUCGACCAGGAUUUGGACGUUUUUGAAGAAAAAUCGGGUGAAACAGAUUGGGCUGGAAAGCUCUUUUGGAAUACUAUGGUAUUGUCGGAAAGGUCAACGGUAAAUUAUAUGAGGAAUUUGCUAGCGUAUGGCGUUCGUCUGGGGAUGUAUGUCGGUAUGGGAUUGAUGAUUGCCACCAUUUGGAUCCGCUUGGGUCUGCGGGAUUCGACUAUUAACGAUCGUCUAUCAAUACACUUUUAUAGUGUAGCGUUUCUCGCAUUUAUGUCGGUCGCGGGUAUCCCUUCUUUUUUGGAGGAACGAGCUGUCUAUUAUCAAGAGACAAAAAAUGGAUUGUAUAGCACGUUACCAUUUGUGUUGUCCAACACAUUAGUGAACAUACCGUUCCUCUUCCUCUGCACACUACUCUUCACUGUGAUAUGCUACUGGGCCGUGGGACUACAUCCGGGUGCCAACGCGUUUUUCAGGUUUCUUUUUUUCCUUCUGCUUGCUAUAAUAGCAGCAGAGAGUCAGGUACUCGUUGUUUCUGCUAUCUUACCUGUCUUUGUGGCGGCGCUAGCUAUCGGUUCUUUUAUGAAUGGCUUCUGGAUGAGCGUCGGAGGAUACUUUAUUAAAGCACGAUCUCUCCCUCGCUUUUGGUAUUACAGCUUUCACUAUAUGGACUACCAGCGCUAUGCAUUCGAAUUGCUCACUAAUUCGGAUCUUCGUGGCCUCACGUUUCAGUGUGAGAGGACAAGCGAUGGAUCAUGCACUUGUGCAUACCCUUCAACAUCUUCAUGCACGGUCUCUGGCGACGAUGUCCUUGAUUACCUAGAUAUCCGAGGAAUAUCGUAUGCCUCUUGGGUUGGAAUUAUGGUGUCUAUUAUUGUUUUAUACCGGAUUGCGCUGAUGGUGGCUGCUUUUUAG